GGCCUGUUGCGGGGGCUGAAGAAAAGUGGCCGGGGACUGAAUACGGAAAACGGUGCUACAAUUCCUCCUGUACAGCCCACCACUCCACCGCUUGCGUUCGAGAGACAAAAGAAAGUACGGAUUUGCGACGAGGACCAAGAAAAAACGAUCCACGAUAUUGCUCGGAAAAUAUUCUUCCUUCAAAGAUCGAAUGAAUUUCGGUCACAACAUUGACUUUGAGAGAACACGUUCUAUUUAAGAAGGAUUAUGCCUCAUCCUGCUUUCCUCAAUGAAAGCUAAAUAUCCCUGUUGUGUAAAACUAUCUUCACCUGUUUAUGUACUGCUAUAAACAACGUAAAAAAUUUACUAAAUCAUCCUAUCAUAAAAGUUCCCUAAAUAAAACUUCCUUAAAAUCUAGAACACAUUAUACGACGCCGGUUUUAUUAAGUAGAAUUAGGCUUAAUCGAAACAAGAUGCCACCGAAAAAUUACUAGAAGACUUCUCCUCUUUAAAUGGCGAAUUCUGAAGAUAAUACACGGCCAAGAUGUGACAUAAGAGACGAUUUCAAGGAUAGCCUGAGGAUCUGGUCAGGUCAUCGCGUGGGCAGACGUAUUUUGUGGCACAAUGGCAGUGUGUACAUGUUCCGCGUAGAAUGUCCAUAUAACCGUGCGCGUGUGCACGUCAUAUCACUUCGUAGAGACGCGGUAGGGGUUGCUUUCAGGGUAGGGGUGCUCGCCCACCAAGGUGGGGGUGGUUGAUCGACCGUACCCUCUGCCAGUUUUCUAGUCGUCCUGCUCAGCCUCGACGUUCAUUCUACGUUGAUCAGCCGAACUCACUAGUUCCCUGCAUCUUUUGGAGAAACGCUCCCGUAAGAAGAAAUCUGAGAAGACUGACCAGAAACCUAGAACGAAGAGAAUAGUCGACGUUAAGUAAGAUCAUGUGUGACUGGGUGUGGUUACUAACUCUAUAUUCCCUCUUCGUGGUAGCACAACCUUUGCCAACGAAUCUGGCAGAGGAUGCAAAGAAGACUGAACAAACAAUGAGACCAAAACCUAAACGGGCACAGGAAAUGUUGAUGUACGGCAACCAACAGAAUCGUCAGCCGGAGAAUAAACCAAGCUCAUCUUAUUCGUCUACCGUGGAAAAGAGAACUCUAGCUGCAUCAGGACUAGGUGGAUUGAAAGCAGCCCUUACCGAGAAAGAAAAACCAUCUCAUUCUAAUGCACCUAACAACGCUCUCUACGACCGUGAUUCCUUUUCUCCAUUUGAUAGAAACUACGACGGAUAUGGAAAAAUCCUGAUGAACGAAUUUGGAUAUGACAUGCCUCAAUGGGAUGUUCCGUCGUACUCUCGUUACUACUUGAACGAUGAUCGUCGGAAGAGAUCCGAGAAAUCAACAGUCACCGGAUCUACCACCAUGAAACCGUCCACGACCACUUCCUUCCAGUCUCCAACAUCUUCUACUCAGCAAUCUAUGCAGGUGCAAGUAAAGAGAAGCGUCCCGAUUUAUCAGGAACCACGAUUUAAGAGAGAAUUGGAUAUUGACCCGCAAGAUGUUUUAACACUCCUCUCCCUCUGGGAAAAUGAACGCCACAAGCGAAACUGGCAUAAAUAUAUGAACGAUGAAUAUGAAAAUGUAGACGAUGAAGACAACCUUCUUGAAGAAGAAGAUCCUCGAAACAUCAUUCCUUGGAUGGAUUCUUCGGCGUAUCCCCCUCGACAUUACAGCGUAGAGUCUUUAUCACCGGCAGAUAUUGGAAUCGUUCGUACUCAUCCAUCCAGCUAUUACGAACAAUACGAGAAUCAGUACGGGCAACAAUAUGAUGCGAGUUCUCAAUACGGCAGUCCUCAGUUUGGUUUGGUUUAUCCUCAACAGACUUACUAUAAUACCCCCGAGAAAAGGUUUAUGGUCUCCAGGAAACGCUCGCAGACGUACGAUCCUUACUCCAGCGCAGCUCAGUUUCAAAUAAAUCCCCAAUCACGGGGAUACCCAUACCAACACCAUCUCAUCUACUAAAUCGAUAUCAACUCGACGAACAGCAACAAAAUUAACACGAAACUAUCGAGAAUGUAUUUGAAGAAAGUGAAAGAUCCUAUCGAUAAAACGCGGAAAGAGGGUAACGAACUGAUGUUUUCGGACUCAUGUAUACGCAAAGAGGAACCAGACAAAAAUUUUUGGCUUUCUUGGCAAAUGUUCCCUCUCUGACGUCUUCUUCAUUUGACUAUUCUGUCUUUAUUAUGAACACAGCGGUACGUGCUUGAGAAAGACUACACUUAUUUUAACAAAUACGGUGCUCAGAAAGACUAUUCAUAGUUUACAAGAGUCUGCUGAAGAGACAAUAGUUCUUUUGAUUAACUUCUUAAUCGUGUGGUCACCAAUCAUCGAAAUGAGUAACGAAGAAAAAUUUGAGUAAUAUUUUUUCAACAUCUUUCGAAAUCCUUCAAAAGUAUUAAGAGAAGCCGAUGGAUAUAGAAGCGUCUUUGGUUUCAGUGUACUCUUGUAUUUUUCCGCAGAAAACGAUGAAACUUUAAGGCGCAAGAAAAAGGCACAGUCCGCGCGAUGACUGAAAUCGUUGAAAAUAAUCGUAGUUACUCGAAUCAAAUUACCCUCAAACUUGGUUCAUGACUUUUCUGACUGAUUAAAAAGAGAGAAAGACGACGAAUAGUUUUUUUCAUGAAUUAGCUCGAAGAUAGUCGUAGCACAAGAUCUGAUAGAUAAACAUAGUGGGUAUGAGAAAAUGAUUAAUAUGAAAUGAAAAGAUGAAACGGUAUUUUACUUCUAAUUCGGUGACCUAGAGAAAGGUAGAUGAUUUCUUAGCAAAAUUUAGAGCGAAAGAUGAUGCUGAAAAUAUUUUAUAACUUUCUCAUUACGUUUCACAUCUACGGAUAUGUAUAUCUUGUUAUAAAUAUAUAUACAUAUACCUAUAAUAUGUUGAGAAAAAAUGAACAAAGUAACUGAAGUUCGAUCAAGCUUGUUUAUACCACUAUUAUAUAUUUCAACCCCUUAAUUUACUUUGCAAGAGGCAAGAGAUAAAUGUUAAAGGUACACAAAUACAUGAAAUAUUGAAGCACGGUGUAUAUUGAGUACUGCAAAUAUCAAUUUGAAUCCAAUGAAAUCGUCGGUAUUUAGAGUUAUAACAACAUAUCUUCUACUGGAUUCAUAUCUUAUAUUCAACGUGCCGACAUGACCGAUAAUUCUCAAUCCCCCCUUACUUUAAACAUGAUCGUCAAUUAAUUUUUCUAACCGUGUACAAAAUACAUAAUCGCAACAUUUAUCGUCAGUGAAGUAUUGAUGAGUGUCAAUGCAUAUUUCAAUGAUAUUCACUUCUAUGGCUGACUAAAUAACUUUCGAAAAUAAAAAUUUCACGACUCGAUUGUAAUCCUCGAUGAUUAUCGUUUCCAGUUGUUUGACAAACAUUAUUGUUGAAUGAUACUAAUAAUUUCUAUUACGAGUUGGCAUUAAUAGAAAGCAAUCACGUUAACAAUGUCUUAUCGUAAAAGUAUUUGCAAAUUCAACAAAAAUUAAAAGAAGAUAAAAUUGUGAGAUUUAUCGAGUGCGUGAAAUUUUUGAUUCUCGUCCUCUGCUGCGAAUGUAAAGUGUAAAGCACCGUUAUACCGAUAAUCCAUCGUCUUACCAUUGUCAGAAAAAAUAAAAAAAGAAAAAUACAGAAAGGUAAAAAAAAAAGAAAAGAGAAAGAAAAAAGUAUAUAAAUAUAUCUAUACAAACUACACCGAGUGACAUCUAACGUUUUUGUCGAUCGAACCAAACACGGCCUUCCAUAGAGCAAACGUUCCGAGGAGACUGAGUAAUUUUUCCUUUUCGUUCCUUGUUGUUUGAUCAGUAUAUGCUUGAAACGCGUAUAUAAUAAUAUAACAUAUGAUAUUGUAACGGUAGGAAAAAGGAAAAUCUAACGGAUGACUGACCGAUCAAUUGGACGCGUGACGAUCGGCACGAAGAAAAUCUUUUGUGCUAUAUAUUUUUGACGAUCGUUUAGCAUGUAAUUAGAAUUACGUAGACUAAGUAAUACCAAGAGGGAAUGAUUCAGUAUUUACUACUUAUUAACAUGUAAUUAAUGUUAUAGAUAAUGAAAAGUAUCGAUUAUAUAUUGUGUAUGAUUAAAGGAGUGUAAAUCAAUCGGGUUUGGGUUUGGGUUUCAUUGAUACGCCGUAAUGUUUCGUAAUCGAACAAGGUAUUUACUUGAGAAAUUAAACAUUUUAACGGAUAAUUGUUUGAAAAAUAUCUCCAGAUACUAUAUUCUGUGCUAUUUUACAGCUACAACUUUUCUUCUCUUGUUGAAACAAAUUUAUUAUCUUGAAACUCUAUUAAACUGUAAAACAUUAGAGUCGCGAGAUUUUUCGUAAUAAAAAAAAGAGGAAAUAAAAUUAGAAUUAUUUACUUUGUAAUGUGACUGCUAUCUUGACAAAUUAAGAAAAAAAAAGAAGGAAAUUUCGUUUUAUUUUUGUGAUGCCUAUACUGAAUCGUGUAAUGAUACUAUAUUCUUACUACAAAUUAAUCUUCAGACACCAUAUCUUUUUACAAUAAGAAUAACGAACUGUUAAACGUCGACGCUAGAAUAGUAUCGAUAGUAUUAUUACACUGAACACGGAACCAUUCCUGAAGUGGCUUUUAAAGUCGACGAAAUAAAAAGACAAAACGAUUUAAUAUCGGCCAAAAAAUCUGUUCAAUUGUUACUGUGCGGCAUCAAAAUGAUGAUCAUUCCUAAAAUUUUUCUUGUAUUUAAACUAUUUUUAAUGCAUAUUCCGAUCUAACGCAUAAGAAGAAGAAAUAAAGAAGCGAUAUUUUAAUGGCAAAUUAAAAAAAUUGUCGAGAUCUACUGAACUUCUUGUUAAUCUUAUAGAAACAUAUUCUAGCAUCUUGAACUGUAAUAUUAACGUUUAAAGAAAAAAAUAUUAUAAAAAAAAUAUUUUUGCUUGUGACAAAUUUAUUAUAAAAUUGGACAUCGUGAUAGAAAGAUGAUAAUGAUAACAUUCGAGUAAAUUAUAGCAGCGUGUAUUUCGGAAACAGUCGCGAAAUUUUACGAAAGAUUUUUUCAACGUUAACGAUAUGCCACCGAUUGCUAAUCGACUAUGCAAAUUAUUGUAACUGAAUAAAACGAAACUGUGUGUCAGCUAUGUUACUUUAAAAUGGAUAUUAUAUACAUAUUAUAUUAUAAAACUUCAUAUCGACAUUCAAUUAUAUGUACCUACGUGUGCAUUUUUAAAUCAAAAAGUUAUAUCAUUCGGCGUCAUAAGUAUUUUUCAAACCCAUGGUGCUUUUGAUUGAACAAUAACGCAUUAUUGUAAUUAAAUUAAAUCAUAAAAAAUAACAAAAAAAAAUAAAUAAAUAAC